CAGGCAGAGAGCAGAAGGGAGCAGUGGGCAUCAGGAGUGGUCCUGAGACCCCAGAAGCUGUGGGACAGAAAAGCAUUGGCUGGCACCCUCAUAUCUUCCCCACCAGCUUCUAUAUAUGGGCCUGCCCUCUCCGGACCCAUCACACCCGGAUCUCAAGUGACACACUGGGGAGGGAGAAGGGGGGUGUCUAUUUUUAGCCCCUGAAUGGAUCUGUCCUGGAGCCGAGCUCUCUGCCCCCGUCAAGGGUACAGCAUCAUGUUGUGCUGGGAGGAUUUUCCUUCGCGGCUCUUUGAAUGGCUCCAUCACCGCCUUAGGUUGUGGUACAGGCAUGGAUAACUUCGAGUACAGCAUCCAGCUGAACGACAGGGACUGGGCUGAGUUCUUGCUGGCGUCGGAGGAAUGCGACCUCAAGCCGGCCGCCCUGGCCACGGCCGAGGAGCAGUGUCUCAGUGACAUUGAACAAGGGGACGGCGUGCCGGGGAGGGACUGCCACGCCAGCACCAACGGGCAGAUCGCAGCCAGGGUGGGCAGCGGGCCAGGGCCUGGCACGGGAUCCUCUCCCCCACGUGGGGUGACCGGAGACGCCUCUUUGCGCUGGCCGGCCGGCGGGCACCUUGCCCUGCCGGAGCUUCUCUCGGGCAGCGAGGACGAAGCGGACCUGGGCUCGGUCGGCAGGUUUCUGUGCGAGAGCGACAAGCUCGGCUGCCCUUCUCUUGCUCCGAUGCCCAGUGCCCAGGGGAGGCAGCCCCUGUGUCCCCCCGCAGCCACCCCGGCCAGCCAGGCUGGUGGCACAGCCGAGAGCAGCCCAGGGCAGGACACAGCAUGUGAAGCGGCAGCACCGCAGCCGGCAUCGCCGUCGGAGAAGGGAGCCACCAUGGAGCCCCCCAGCCCCCCAGCUGGAGCCCCCGAACAGGGAGGGGACGCAGGAGGGGGACAGCCCCGUGGCAGCCCGGUGGUGGCACAGCCAGGGUCUCUGGUGCAGCGCAGCUCGCGGGCACCGGCUACCCCCCCGGAGGGUUCGGCGAAGAAAAGUCCUGGCAGCGCUGCCCGCUCGGAGCCCGGGAUACGGGGACCCCCACCUGAGCAGCCCCCCAGCCCAGCCCUGGAGACUGCACCCAAAGCACCCAGCGUCCCGGCGCGGGAGGAGGCCAGCGGGGAGAGAGCGGGUGGCGAGCCCGGCUCCCCGGCUGGUUCCCCUGAUGUGGUGAGGCCCAAGGUGCCAGGACUCGGCAGAAAGAGCCGCAAGCAACGUGGAACCGGUGCCGCCGAGGCAGCCCAGGGGGACAGGGAGCCUGCGGGGGCUGCGGCACAGGGGGCUGGCGUAGCCACGAAGGCACCUUUGAGCUCCCCACUGUCCUCACGGAAGAGCAAAGGGAAGGAGAAGGCAGCCAAGCCACCCCUGGUGAAGCUGGGGAGCGAGGAGGCAGCGGAGAGCAAACGGCCGGGGCCCAGCCCUAGCACGGAGGAGGGUGAUGCGGCCGUGAGCGCUCCCCCGAAGCAGAAGGUGAAGGAACCGGGGGCACAGUCCCCAGGGAAGGCAAAAGCCACCAAACACUCAAAGCCAGGGCAGGCUGGUGGCUCGGGCGUACGUGACAAUGUGCCGGUGAUCCCUGCCAGCGGAGCUGCGGCUCCUCCGGGAGAGCCGUGCCAGGAGGUGCUAGAGAAGCCUCUCCAUCCCAAGAGCGUGGCUGCUUUUGGAGGGGAUGCUGCUGAGGGAGCUGAUGGGGAGCCUUCAGCCGAGACCCCCAGGGAGCUGGGCCCCCCUUGCUUGGCAUCCGGGGCCUUUUCAAGAGCAGAAUCCCUGGACGUGACUUGGCCUGAGAUGUACGACUAUUUGUUCUGUGACUCCCAAGGGGAAGAAGAGGGAAUGGAGAACUCAGUGGAGGGGGAGAAAGUACCCUUGGAAAGGGAAAUAUCCUUGCCUGAACUGUAUGAGUAUUUUUUCAAUGAACCAGAAGGAACCAGGAAAAAAGGCAAGGGUAAAGACAGGAAGCGAAAGAAGUUCAGCAGCUUGGACCACACUCAGCUGCAAAAUGAGGAUCCCGACUCGUCUCUGGUCACAGACUCUGUGGUUAUCUCCGUCCCUGAGGUGUAUGAACACUUCUUUCCAGAUGGGCCUAGGAACAGGGCAGGCUGGAGAAAGAUUUUCUCCAUCACUCCAGGCUCUGAGGUGAAGAAAGCUGUGGGGGCAUUGAAGUCCCUCCUGCAAAAGCAUCUCAGCAGAGGCCAAGCUCCAGCCCCCCAGACUCUCUUGCGGAGAGGGUCCGGAGAGAAGCUCUCCCUCGUCCCGGUGGGAAGAAACCAGGAACGGCCAGAAGCUUUGGACAUGGCCCUUGCUCUCAGAGGGAAUCCCGAGGCUCCGCUGACGUUGACCCACAAAGACAUGUGCCUCGUCUUCUGCGCCUUUGCCUCCUGGGCAGUGAAGACCUCCGACCUGCAGGCUCCAGAUGCCUGGAAGACCAUGUUCCUGGCAAGUUUUGGCACGCUUUCUGCCAUCCGCUACUUCCGAAGGCAGGUCAGAGAAGGACACCCCCGGACCUAGGCUCAGCCCCCUCCACAGGUGCUGCCCGGGGACAGGCGAGGACGGCGGAGGCAGAGACCGGGGACUUCGUUCUUGGGCAGUGUGAGGAGCCUGGAUCCCAGCACCAAGACUUCUCUGGACCCAUCCCUAAAGGGGACAGGAAUGUCACAGGAAGCAGGAUCCUUCUGGUGACAGUCAUUUGCAAUACGGUAGGCAGUUUGUACCUGUACUGGACAGAAGAGGAGCCCGGCGUGGGCUGGCUCUGUUCUUUCUUUGCACACUUCUUGCAUACUUGUGCUAUCUCCUAGGAGUAGUCACAGUGUCUGUUCCAGGGCGCUGCUUGUCCGUCCUCCCUGCUGAAGUCACCUGGUGGCAAAAGGAAGGGGCUGAGGUGGUGGAGGGAGGAAAGAGCAAAAGAAAUCAGGGAAGUGCUUCGUUCCUAUGAAAGGGUUGGAGUUUCUGUGAAGGGAAGAGAGGAGACAGCUUCGGGGAAGAGCUGUUUCUGUCCAAACAUGGUGCUCUGCUGAGCGUGUGCUGGCUGCACACAGAGAGCAGCUAAAGGGGGAUGGAGGGGCCGCUGGCUUGGCAAGGCCCGGGGCUCCCGUGACCGGUUUGGCUCACUGCAGGAGGACUCAUCCUCUUGGAUUUCACUCCAAGAAGUCACGGCUCUGUCUAAUGAUUCAGGAGGCUGAGAUAGGGUUUCUGUUGCAUGUGGCCACCUCAGCCCUGCUGAGCCAGAGCUGUGGAUGUGGGGGUCUGUCCCUGUGGGUGAGGAGCACCCAUUACAAGGACACAUUUCACUCCUGUAGGUAGACCAUGGGCAGGGGUCAACCAGCUAGAGCCAGGGAAGGGGCAAGCAGGAGAGACCUGCAGGAGGAUGUGCAGG